UUUAAUUUAGGCUCUGAAUGAAUCAGUCGUGCGAAAGAUCCGAGACAUUAUUCAUUAAUUCAAAUCUAUCAAUGACUAUUAUCUACAAUACGCUUUUUGAGUAAUAUAUAGACAUUUGCCUAUCAAAAAUACCUAUGAAUGUAAAUCUGUAGGUAAAUGAUGAAAGGAAAAAUGUUUGAGAUUAAGAGAAACUUAUAUGUAAAUUGUGGAGCUUUAGUGCUCAUUAUUUUAUUGGCAACAUGUGUGGCCAAGCCAACGAUAGAACCAGAAGAAAAUAAAAGUGAGAUUAAUGGUGACGAAUUCAAAGAUAACAUUAUAACGGAUGACAAUACCGAAUUCCUGAAAUCCUAUGCCGCAAAGAUGUUGAGCUAUAUGAAUCUCACUGUGUCGCCAUGUGACGAUUUCUAUGAGUAUGCAUGUGGCAACUGGAAGCUGGUUAAACCGGAAAGGCAAUCACAACACAAACGUAGUAAUCUCCUGGACAUUGUAUAUACGCUGUUGGAUAAAACAGAGGAGCUGCUGUUGUCGAAUUCCACGUUGGCCAAAGAUCUGGGGUAUGCUCAUGAAUUGCGUAUUGCACAACAAUUCUACAACGCAUGUCUCAGUGCUGAGCUCUAUCCGAUGCCAGCAGCUGACCCCGCUUAUCUGGCGCUUAUCAGGUCGAUUGGCGGAUUUCCCGCUGUCGACGGCGACGCGUGGCAGGCUUCGAAUUUUAGUUGGUUCAACAUGAGCUCCCACUUGACUAACUACCGUGCGGCUGGUCUAAUCAAUGAACAUAUUUUGCCACAAUAUCCUUUUUAUCCAGACUUUGAGCUGCCAGAGCUCGGCUUUGAUUAUAUCGUCCAUAGUGACAACAUUGCCACAAACGACACCAAAGGAUAUAAGCUGAACGAGAAGCGUAUGCGAGGAUAUCUUAAAACAUAUGGACUCUCCGAUGAGCAAGUUUCCGAUGUGAUUGCCGAAGUGUUUGCCUUCUGGCGUGAAGUGCUGCAAAUAGGUGACCGCUUUGAUGAGAACCAAUACAAAUGUAAUAAGUUGUCCGCGAAGGAGAAUCUGGAUCCAUUUCCCUUAUGGGAAAGCUACUAUGAUAUUGCCUGGGGCGGUGUGAAUUUCGAAAAAAAAACCGAAGAACAUUUCUGCGAAUUCUACUACUAUGAGCUUGAUAAGGUGUGUGCCAAGCACAAGCCAGCUGUUGCCAAUUAUCUGGCCAUGAAGCUCCUUUAUACCAUGGACUUCAAAUUGAAGUCAACCAAGUUCCAGCGCGAUCAUUGUAUGCUUCAAGUACAUUUCUCGGUGCCUUACCUCUUGGACAAGCUAUACUUGUUGAAACACUUCACUGACGAAACCAAAUCAGAGAUUGCGAAUAUAAUCGUUGAGUUGCGAAAGACUUUUGUAUUGCUCUUGGAAAAUGCCAACUGGUUAGACGAGGAUACUCGCAAGGAGGCGUUACUCAAAGAAUCUACGACAGAGCCGCGCAUAGGCUCAUUUAAAAACGCCAAUCUUACUGAGAUCCUAAUACGUGAGAUGAACAAUUUAACCUUCGUUCCAGGCAGCUACGCUACGAACAACAUCAACUUAAAAAAAUUCCAUGCAAACAUGAAGCGAUAUAAUGGAUUGCACCACAAAGAGAUGUCCAACGAAACGAAACCGUUGGAACUUCUUGUGGGAAUGCAGGUGAACGCGUUCUAUUUUAAUUUGGACAAUUCGAUUAAUGUAAUGGCCGGAAUACUGCAUCCUCCAGCAUACCAUCAGGCCUGGCCCAACUCGCUAAAGUUCGGCACAAUCGGCUACUUGGUGGGUCAUGAGUUGACACACGGAUUUGACACCGUUGGUUCUCUUUUCGACAGCACCGGAGCAUCGCGCAAUUGGUGGACAAAUAAAUCCAGCGAGGUGUUCGCAGAUCGCGCCAAUUGUUACGUGAAUCAUUUCAAUAACUUUACAAUACCGGAGAUCAAUCGUAAUAUCAACGGGAACGAGACCAAGGAUGAGAACAUUGCGGAUAGUGGAGGAUUACGCGAGGCGAUGAGUGCAUAUCGAAGCCACAUGAAGCAGCUACAGUUGACCAACGAAAACCAUUUCUCGAAUGUGCUGAAAAACGAACAGAUGCCCGGCAUGGAUUUAUCACCAGAGCAGUUGUUUUACCUGGGCUUUGCCCAGCUUUGGUGUGCCGCCUACGAGGAGGAACACUAUUGGGAGGAGCUGACCAGUGAGCAUACUAUGGACAAGUACCGAGUCCUUGGCGCAGUCACUAACGACGAGGAUUUCGCAAAGUCGUUCAACUGUCCGUCUGGCAGCCCAAUGAAUCCGACUUCGACCAAAUGUCGCAUCUGGUAGCGUGACGUAAAAAGCGGUUGAUAAGCAUGGAGCGGGUUCAUUGAAUAAUUAAUACGAAUAUAUAAGUAUCCAUGUAUAUAAAUGUAUGUGUAUAAACAUUGUUGAUUAA